CCGAGAGGCGGGGCCUCCAGAAGCCGGGAUCCUGAUAUUGCUGUUGUUGCUCGUGAUUUACUUUAGAUUUUUGCACCCCGGAUACGGCUGCGGAAAUGGCGGGAACCGAUCUAAGCUCGACGGGGCUGGACCUAGAGAAGCUACGCAUGGCGGGCGCCGGUCUGGCGUUAGCUGUGCUCACCAGCGGCGGCGACGCACAAGGUAUGAAUGCUGCUGUUCGAGCUGUAACUCGCAUGGGAAUAUAUAUUGGAGCUAAAGUGUUCCUGAUCUAUGAGGGUUACGAGGGACUAGUGGAAGGAGGAGAAAAUAUCACGCAAGCAAACUGGCUUAGUGUGUCCAAUAUCAUUCAGUUGGGUGGCACCAUCAUAGGCAGUGCCCGCUGCAAAGCUUUCACCACACGAGAGGGCCGCCUCCGGGCUGCCUACAACCUGGUACAGCAUGGCAUCACCAACUUGUGUGUCAUUGGAGGGGAUGGCAGCCUGACUGGUGCAAAUAUUUUCCGCACAGAGUGGGGUGGUCUUUUGGAGGAACUGGUCAAAGAAGGAAAGAUCACUGAGGAAAUAUCUCAGACGUACCGUCAUUUAAAUAUUGUGGGCCUCGUGGGCUCCAUUGACAAUGACUUCUGUGGCACUGAUAUGACCAUUGGCACUGACUCUGCUUUGCACCGCAUCAUGGAGGUGAUUGAUGCCAUCACUACGACUGCCCAGAGUCACCAGAGAACAUUUGUGCUAGAAGUGAUGGGCAGGCACUGUGGGACCAGUUCUUUCACUUUGAUAGACAUCAGAGCUGCCAUUCACAAGAUGACGCUCUUCUCCUUUUCCAGAUACCUAGCAUUAGUUUCAGCACUGGCUUCUGGGGCUGACUGGCUUUUCAUUCCUGAGUCGCCCCCUGAGGAUGGCUGGGAGGAUUUUAUGUGUGAACGACUUGGUGAGGCCCGAAGCAGAGGAUCCCGACUGAAUAUAAUCAUAAUUGCUGAAGGUGCCAUAGACAGGAAUGGGAAAUCCAUCACUUCUAACUAUGUGAAGGAGCUGGUUGUGAAACGCCUUGGCUUUGACACUCGCGUGACUGUGCUUGGUCAUGUGCAGCGUGGUGGGACCCCUUCUGCAUUUGAUCGUGUCUUGAGCAGCAAAAUGGGCAUGGAAGCAGUGAUGGCAUUAUUGGAAGCAACACCAGAUACUCCAGCCUGUGUGGUGAGUCUCUCUGGGAACCAGUCAGUGCGCCUACCUCUGAUGGAAUGCGUGCAAGUGACCAAAGAUGUCCAGAAAGCUAUGGAUGAGAAAAGGUUUGAUGAAGCUAUCCAGCUCAGAGGCAGAAGCUUUGAAAACAACUGGAACAUUUAUAAGCUACUUGCGCACCAGAAACCAGCUCAGAAAAAGAGCAAUUUCAGCAUUGCCAUUCUGAAUGUAGGAGCCCCAGCAGCAGGCAUGAAUGCAGCAGUCCGAUCAGCUGUUCGGGUUGGGAUUUGCCAGGGUCACACAAUGUAUGUGGUGAAUGAUGGCUUUGAAGGCUUGAGCAAAGGACAGAUCAGAGAGCUGGGUUGGCAUGAUGUUGCAGGCUGGUUGGGCCGUGGAGGAUCCAUGUUGGGGACCAAACGAACUCUUCCAAAGACAUGCAUGGAAAAGAUUGCUGAAAAUGUUCGGAAAUUUAACAUCCAAGCCCUGCUGGUCAUUGGAGGCUUUGAGGCAUAUGAAGGAGUGUUGCAGUUGGUGGAGGCCCGUGGGCAGUAUGAUGAGCUUUGUAUCAUCAUGUGUGUGAUACCAGCCACCAUCAGUAACAAUGUUCCUGGCACUGAUUUCAGUCUGGGAUCUGAUACAGCUGUCAACGCUGCCAUGGAGAGCUGUGACCGCAUCAAACAGUCUGCUUCAGGCACCAAACGGCGCGUCUUCAUUGUGGAGACUAUGGGGGGUUAUUGUGGCUACUUAUCAACAGUGACUGGAAUUGCAGUGGGAGCAGAUGCUGCUUACAUCUAUGAAGACCCUUUCACCAUUCAUGACUUAAAGGCAAAUGUUGAACAUUUGACUGACAAAAUGAAAACAGACAUUCAGAGAGGCCUGGUACUCCGCAAUGAGAAGUGCCAUGAACAUUACACCACUGAGUUCCUGUACAACCUAUACUCCUCAGAGGGGAAAGGAAUAUUUGAUUGCAGGAUCAAUGUUUUAGGCCAUCUCCAACAGGGAGGUGCUCCAACCCCCUUUGACCGCAACUAUGGCACCAAACUGGGCGUGAAAGCUGUUCUGUGGAUGUCAGAGAAGCUGAAGGAUGUUUACCGUAAGGGCCGUGUAUUUGCCAAUUCUGCAGAAUCUGCUUGUGUCAUUGGCCUGCGGAGGAAGACUGUAUCCUUCAGUCCUGUGACAGAGCUUAAAAAGGUCACCGAUUUUGAGCACAGGCUUCCUAACGAGCAGUGGUGGCUGAACCUGCGCCUUAUGCUGAAGAUGCUGGCCCACUACCAAAUCAGUCUGACUGAAUAUGUGUCUGGGAAGCUGGAGCAUGUCACCCGACGCACACUCAGCAUCGAGAAGGGAUUCUAGCUACAGUCUUCCCCUAGCCUUGUCUCUGAUCAAUUCUGUAUAAUUCUCUCCCUCUCUGGCCUUCUCAUGCCUUUUGAGUGCAAAGCUGAUGCCACUGUGAGCCUGCAAGAGUGUGGCCAGAGGACAGCCUGCAUGUGGUUGCAGAAUUACUCCAUGCCCACAGCAGGAUCUUACAUUCUUCCCUGCCCAUUGAGGAGUGUGGACAGGGUUCACCUAUCCCUUCUCAUGCCUCUUUGCUGCCCCGUGAAGUAGAGGGUGAGUGCAGGCUAAUGCCAGACAGAAUUUGUUCCUAUUUCAUGGGGUUUUUUAAAACAUCCUACACUACUUAGAAGUAGUGUGUACUGAUUGCCACAUGGACAAUGUGCUAGUUUUAGAUUCUUAUUGGCCUGGUGCCACGAAGAAUGCAAGUUUUCAGAAAGGGGCUUCCAGUAAUUUGGAGAAAAUAGCUUCCCAAAAUGUCUCCUUGGGAAAAUGCUCUAAAACCACCAAGAAUUCCUGUUGCCAUCACUAUUGACACCCAGCAAAGAUCCCACUCAGCAGAAGUAUCUUGUUUGCAGUGUAGCAGCAAACAGUAGGAGAGGUCUCCUCUCUGCCCAUCCCUCCCUCAAGGUAGUUCAUGCCAACCAGGAAAGGGCAGUAUGUUUGGGUACUCAGCGGGAGUUGCUGGUAUGCCAUCACUUUCCGUAGAAUCCCCUUCUUCAUUCUGUUGGGUGUGUUUAAUUCACUAUCCCUGGCUGGUGUUGUGAUGGUAGCACAGCUCUUGACUGUGUUGUGUCUGUGCUCUUCUGAUGCAUUUCUGUGAAUUCAGUGCCCUAUAUUGCGUGUCUGUGGCAUUGCUUUCUGUCCUGUAGAGAUAUUAAAAAUCCACUGAAUCAA